UGAUGGGAGUUGUAGAGGCACAGAGGAACGCUCAUGCAGCUUCUUCGAGGCUCUCUACCUCUAACCCAAGAUGUUUAGUUUCUCCUUUCCUCUUUUUUAGGAAAUCUUAGCCGCAGGGUCUGGAACAGGACAUGGUGAUCUAAUACUUUCAUAUCUUGACUCCUCAGUGGAAUGUUGAAGGGAGCUGGUCAGCAAGUAAAAGUAUCAGGUGUAAAAUAUUGAUGGAGCGACAGGUGUGAUCCUCAACUCUCUGCAGGUUUUUGGCCUUCUGUUCGAUGUAUCACACAGUGAGGGGCUGCCAGCACCCCUACCACAGGCCGAAACACGGACCUAAGUACUGAUUCACCAAGCCCCACUCCUCCCGGAGGAGGAAGUGGAGGGGGUGGUGGUGAUCGGGCAGAGGGGGGUCUAAAAGGCCAGCAAAUUGUCCAGGAACUGUGGUUCAUUGCUGUGAUGGCAGGCAUCGCCCUACUGCUGCUCGCCUUUGUGUUAGGAGUCAUGCUUCAUAAGGCCCUGAACAAACCCCCACUCAACAGGGAGAGACCUCCACUGGUGGCCCUCCCCAUGCAGAAGAGAAGCCCCAUGGCUGUCUACCCACCCAGCAAUUCGGUUUUGUUUGACACAGUGCCUGACACAACAAGCUUCUCUAACAGUGUGACCCUCAAAGGCUUCACCUUGAAGAUGGAGGAAGUACUGGCAGCUAAAUGUGAACCUGCUGAUGAAACCCCUCAACAGGACGAAGUGGGCAUCCUCAGUGUGAAUUCCCUGAGACGCAGCGUCAGCCAGGUGAUGGAUGGGAAGUCGCUGGCAGAAGAUGAUGAAGUAUGGGACCCAAAUGUUUCAGGCCAUGACAGUGGGAUGUUCAUGGACGAUGAGGAAUUUGUUGACACUAUCAAAGGCUUCAGCACCGUCAGAAAGGAGCACACCAUGUUCACCGACACCAACCUGUGACCCGACAGCAACUUUUCAUCCUGACAGGACACUGGCCCUGGAUGUUAAACAUCCUGAACAACGACAGCGAGGCCACACGCUCAUGUCGACCUGAUCAGCUGCAGCUGAGCAAGAGUUGUCAGAAGCAGCAGCUGAGAAGAAAAAUAAAGGAAUAAGAGCCCAGCGUGAUCCAUGAAUAACUGUGAUGACUGUCAGAGGAAAAAGUGAAGCUCUUUUUAUUUGAACAAUGCUAGAUGGGAUCAGUCUUUCUGACAUGAAGAAGGAAGCAGCUGCUUUUGCAAGGAACAUUUUUUUUCUCUUUCUCUCUAAAAAGGAAAUGUCUAAAAGACCACAGUUGGACUAAAACCAGCACACACUGAAGACAAAAGAAACCAAAGAUACAAAGUAAUAUAUUAACCCUUUUAUUUCCUAUAUUUUCCAUUUAUUAAUUUAUUUCUGUGUCGGUUUUACAAACAUUUUUAACCUUUCACCUCUGGAAAGUUUUUUAUGCUCUUUCCUAAUGAGAGCCAAAAACCUUGAACUUGCUCUUGUCUGGUGAACAUAUGAACACUUUAAUCAGCAGCUUGCAAGUGCCAUCAAAAUAAUCAGAGGUAGCCUCUUCAGUUUGCAGUGUAUUUUAAGAUUUUUUAUUAAACUUAGUACAAAAAGUACAAAAAUUUGCAUUUGGUUAAUUAUUUCUUCUCUUUUAUACCAGUUGGAGUUCUUUAUGUGUCAAUGGAAAAUCCCAUUAGUC